UCUAUAAAGGCAGAAGGGUACACAAAUUGAUACUACCGUAUUAUACUAGGACGCUAGAAUAGAUAGGAGACAGGCUAAAAAUUGGGUGAAAAACAGUGUUACCUUCAAGAACAUUUACCUUGACAUGAUACCAGUAUGAUAUCAAAGAAAGAUGUUUUUGAGAAAAUUUCUAACUUUACAAAGACCACACAACUAUAGGCCGGCUCUCACAGGAGCUGUGGACUCCAGCUUGUGCUUGUUCUGUCACAGUCGACAUAUUGCAAGCCGAGCAAAGACCAAACAAGUGAGCAAGCAUUCCCGCCAGGUUAAAGGCCAGAAGAGCACUCCGGCCAUCGUGACUCCACCGACAGUCGUGGAGCUGUUUCAGCCGGCAGAAGUGGUACCAAACAUAGACACCAAGGAAAAUGAUCUGGGAAAAGAACUUGCUGGCAACUUGUCAAAGGGAAAUAUUGUCAAAAUCCUGGUCGAGUUCAGAAACAACAAAGCUGUUGUGAGCCAAGCAGAGAGUCAUAAGAUCAGUGGCCAUGUUCUGGAGCAGAGUAUGCAGGGAUUUGUGCAAUACUGCCUCAAGUCCAACCCUCUGCCUCCCGCUCUUCAUGUUGUGCUUAAAGACAUUGAAAACAACUCAGGUCAUGUGACAGACUUGCUGCCUUUCUUCCUGGAUCACGCACGCCAAAUGUUCCCGCACAUCGAGUGUAUAGACGAACUGGCCUUGAUCAGCGACCUUACUGACCCUACCAACUGGUUUCCGAUGGCCCGCAGUAUGGAGAGGAAGAUCAUAUACCAUGCUGGCCCGACCAACAGUGGGAAGACGUACCAUGCCCUGAAGGCAUUCAUGGAGGCAGAGACGGGCGUGUACUGUGGGCCGCUCAGGCUUCUUGCCAUGGAGGUGUACGACAAGGCUAACAAUCAGGGAGUACCAUGUGACCUGGUUACCGGGGAGACAAGGAAGUUUGCCCAAGAGGAUGAGACGCCUGCCAACCACAUCUCCUGUACGGUGGAGAUGUUGAAAACUGACAUAGAGUAUGAUGUUGCUGUGAUAGAUGAGAUACAGCUGAUCGGUGACCAACAACGAGGGAGCUCAUGGACUCGGGCCCUGCUUGGGAUCGCUGCACGGGAAAUCCAUGUGUGUGGGGAAGAGACCGCCAUUGACCUGGUAGAGAAACUCACAUACAUGACUGGCAGAGACUCUUUUGAGGUUAGAAGAUAUGAGCGAUUGACAAAGUUGGAGUAUCUGGAUGAAGCUUUAGUGAGCCUGGACAAUCUCCGAGAUGGUGACUGUAUUGUGUGUUUCCGCACAUUGGACAUUUUUAACCUGCUGAAUAAACUACGAGAGCGUAAAAUCAAGGCUGCAGUCAUCUACGGCAAUCUCCCUCCAGGUACCAAGAUCAAGCAAGCUGCCCUGUUUAACGACACAGACAAUGACUAUAACAUUCUACUUGCCACAGAUGCAGUUGGAAUGGGCCUUAAUCUCUCUAUAAAGCGGAUGAUAUUCUACUCUGUGACGAAGAUUGGCGUGCGACAUGACGGUCUAAAGACGACUAUGCCAUUGACGACAUCACAGGCCCUUCAGAUUGCAGGCAGGGCAGGACGCUUUCGGACAAGAUUUGAGGACGGCGAGGUUACAACAUACUUCCAGAAAGAUCUCGGUAUACUAAAAAAGAUUGUGGGUCAGGAAAAGCCAAAAGUAACGAAAGCAGGUCUCACCCCGACAGUGGAUAUGAUAGAAUCAUUCUCCUUCCUCCUGCCACAUGCAAGUCUAUCCAAACUACUGGACAUCUUUGUGCAUGUGGCAACAAUGAAUGAGAGUUACUUCAUGUGUCACCAAAUGGAAAUGAAGGCUCUUGCUGAGGUAAUACAGGAUAUUCCGAUGUCUAUGAGGUCAAAGUUCACCUUCUGUGUUGCUCCCCUCAAGGUCAAAUUGGGUUUUCCCAGGAUAAUGUUUCAAAAGAUGGCAAAGCUGUUAAGUGAGGGCCAUAGUCUGAACUUUUCCUGGCUGUCCAAGAACCUGGGGAUUCCCUUAAAGCCACCUCGCACCAUAGCCGAGCUUCAGCAUCUACAGGCCAUCUUCAACGUCAUAGACAUCUACCUAUGGCUCAGUUACCGGUUUGCCAUGUUUGAUGACAUUGAGCUGGUGCAGGAUCUGCGUGUGGAGGUUGACACCAUGAUCCAAUCCUAUCUUCACGUCUUGAACAGUAACAAAGACAAACAGCUUUUGGGCAAUAUCUUGCCAGAAAACAUCCUGGCUGAAAAUCCUCUCAGAAAGUACCAGGCUGCCCCAAAGAAGCGGCCACCUGAAGACAACAUUAUUCCGGAAGACAGCCUGACUGAAAACCCUUUCAUAAAGAACAAUGAUGCCCCAACGAUGUGGCCACCUGAAGAUGUUAUGGAUAAACUGUUUGAAUCUGAUGAGAGGGUAGACCAAAGUACUGUGGCACAGAUGGCUGUGAGGUCUGGGGGCGAGGUGGACAUCAGGACUGUGGCACAUAAGGAUGUGAGGUCUGGGGGCCAGGUGGACCAAAUAACUGUGACACAGACUGCUGAACAACCUGAAAUCAACAAAUCAGAGACUAAUGCCAAUAGCACACCUCAGAUUCUAAGUGAUUUCAAAGAUUUAACUUGGAGGCAACCAUCUACUGAAGAUGAAGAAAUUAUUAUUAUAUCCUCUGCAUCAAAGCCCCCUGCAGUUAGCAAUUCAAAGAAUUUAGAAGCAGUUCAGACUAGCUCAUAUUCUGAGAGUUUGAAUCCAACUGCUGAAGAGAUGGAGUCCCAUGCUGCGCCCAUUAAUCCAAUUGCUUAUGUCAAUGAAUUUACUUCGCAGUUUGCAAAAUCAAAAACAUCAUCAUCCACACGUAAAGUCAUCAAUUUUUGGUCAGAUUCCGAGUUACAGCCUAAUGCUAAUGUUCCUGACAACAUAGUAGUUAAAAACACUGCUGGUGUUAUAUCAGGGGACUCAGUAACCCAGAACUCUAUUGCUAUUAAAUACAGUUCAGCAUAUGAUGAAAAUUUCAAAAGCAAACGUGGAAAAGUAAGUGAGCUGCUCAUGAAAAUGGAGCAGUCUAAGUCAAAAAGAGCUUGUAUUAAAGAAAACGACACUGACUUUGUGAAAGCAUUUAAAAGAGCAAAACUUAAUCAAAUAGAAUGGUUGAAUCGUACUUCAAAGCAAACUAACUCAGGCAUGAGAAAAACUGGCGAAACUCCUCGGGAUAUUUUAUCCCCAAGCUUGUUGGAAGAAUUACAUAAGGAGUUUGAAUUAGAAAAUGAAAGAUUGAAAAAAACUAAGUUCUGGUGUCUGUUCAAAUAAGCUUGUCAAGUAUUGAGCCCUUUGAGAUAAUGCUAAAUUUUGAUGCUUGGUAACCCGAUAUAAUUUUGGUAUCAUUUGAAAGGUAACUGAUAAUGCACCAGUCAGUUGUAAACCCCCCCCCCCCCCCCCCCCCCCUCCAGGUCUGGGGAAUGGCGAGGACUUUGACUUUUGGUCCAGCCAAGCCUGGGUAAAAUCCCCUCGAGACGAAAUGCGGGUGAAAUCCCCGCCAAAAGCCCUUGCACCCCAGGGACCAAAGGUAAGGUCCAUUCCCCACUUUUUUUUUACAUAAAGACAAAUACCACCACAUUCACCUGGCACUGUUGGGUCACCUGGAAGGUAAAAACACCACCCAUUUCCCCAACUAUCAAUGGUAUAAUGAGUUUGUAUUUUUUGUUCUUUAUUUAAACCAAAAUCAGACAAGGAAUGAUAUAUAUUUACACGAUAUUCUCUACAUGUUAAACACUUUGAAACUAUAAUGAAAUAAUUUGGGGUUACCAGGAACUCAAAAUUCACAUAAUUACACACUCGAUAUCUGAAACAACAGUUAUCAUAAAAACCCAACAAAACCAUUGUUUUAAUAGCUUAUCUGUUGUUAGAGAAAAAACACAACACAUGUACACAUAAAAUGAAACAAUUUUAUUAACUCACCAUUCUCUUUAUAGUAAAGAUUUUGUCUUUUAUGUAUAACAGCGUCCAUAACACUUGCUUUUAUAACUGUUUGUUAUGCUCUACAGUUGGUAAAUAAAAAGUCAUGA